CUGCUGUUAGGUACCAUCUUGUAGCCCUGGAAGUCGCCGCUGCUGCUGCACCAACAUUCACCAACCUGACGGAGUUAGAUAUGAAUCCGGUCCACUCAGAAAGCAAGGAGGACAUGGCCACCAAGGAGAAGCUGCAGUGUCUCAAAGACUUCCACAAGGAUAUCCUGAAGCCAUCCCCAGGGAAGAGCCCAGGCACACGGCCUGAGGAUGAGGCUGAGGGGAAGCCCCCGCAGAGGGAGAAGUGGGCCAGCAAGAUUGACUUUGUGCUGUCCGUGGCUGGCGGCUUCGUCGGCUUGGGCAACGUCUGGCGCUUCCCGUACCUCUGCUACAAAAAUGGUGGAGGUGCAUUUCUCAUACCAUAUUUCAUUUUCCUGUUUGGGGGCGGCCUGCCUGUGUUUUUCCUGGAGGUAAUCAUAGGCCAGUACACCUCCGAAGGGGGCAUCACCUGCUGGGAGAAAAUCUGCCCCUUGUUUGCCGGCAUCGGCUAUGCCUCCAUUGUGAUUGUGUCCCUCCUGAACAUAUACUACGUUAUCAUCCUGGCCUGGGCCACGUACUACCUGUUCCAGUCCUUCCAGUCGGAGCUCCCCUGGGCAAACUGCAACCACAGCUGGAACACGCCCCAGUGCUUGGAAGACACCUUGCGCAGGAACAAGAGCCUGUGGAUCUCCCUCAGCACCACCAACUUCACCUCCCCCGUCACCGAGUUCUGGGAGCGUAAUGUGCUGAGCUUGUCUUCUGGAAUUGACGAACUGGGCGCUCUGAAGUGGGACCUUGCUCUCUGCCUUCUCCUCGUCUGGCUCGUCUGUUUCUUCUGCAUCUGGAAGGGCGUCAAGUCCACGGGCAAAGUCGUUUACUUCACUGCCACUUUCCCGUUCGCUAUGCUCCUCGUGCUGCUGGUCCGGGGACUGACGCUGCCCGGUGCAGGCGCAGGCAUCAAGUUCUAUCUGUACCCCGACAUCAGCCGCCUGGAGGACCCACAGGUAUGGAUCGAUGCUGGGACCCAAAUAUUCUUCUCCUACGCCAUCUGCCUGGGGGCCAUGACCUCGCUGGGGAGCUACAACAAGUACAAGUACAACUCGUACAGGGACUGUAUGCUGCUGGGAUGCCUGAACAGUGGUACCAGUUUUGUGUCUGGCUUCGCAAUUUUUUCCAUCCUGGGCUUCAUGGCACAAGAGCAAGGGGUGGACAUUGCUGAUGUGGCUGAGUCAGGUCCUGGCCUGGCCUUCAUUGCCUACCCGAAAGCUGUGACGAUGAUGCCGCUGCCCACGUUUUGGUCCAUCCUUUUUUUUAUUAUGCUUCUCUUGCUUGGACUGGAUAGCCAGUUUGUGGAAGUGGAAGGACAGAUCACGUCCUUGGUUGACCUUCACCCAUCCUUCCUAAGGAAGGGUUUCCGCCGGGAAAUCUUCAUCGCCUCCAUAUGUUGUGUCAGCUACCUGCUGGGGCUGACCAUGGUGACGGAGGGUGGCAUGUAUGUGUUUCAGCUCUUUGACUACUAUGCAGCUAGCGGUGUAUGCCUUUUGUGGGUUGCAUUCUUUGAAUGUUUUGCUAUUGCCUGGAUAUAUGGCAGUGAUAACUUUUACGACGGUAUUGAGGACAUGAUCGGCUACCGGCCCGGGCCCUGGCUGAAGUAUAGCUGGGCCGUGGUCACCCCGCUUCUCUGUCUUGGAUGUUUCAUCUUCUCUCUCGUCAAGUACGUACCCCUGACCUACAACAAAGUCUACGUGUACCCCAACUGGGCCAUCGGGCUGGGCUGGAGCCUGGCCCUGUCCUCCAUUGUGUGCGUCCCCUUGGUCAUGGUCAUCCGCCUCUGCCAGACGGAAGGGCCAUUCCUCGUGAGACUCAAGUACCUGCUGACACCGAGGGAACCCAACCGUUGGGCCGUGGAGCGAGAGGGGGCGAUGCCCUACAGCUCCCGCAUGUCCGUUAACAGCACGCUCAGGAAACCAACCCACAUCAUAGUGGAGACCAUGAUGUGA